AUGUCGAUUAAACAGCAACAGUUUGACGUGGACACAUACGAAUUUGGUUAUGCUUGGCAACGAGCCCAACGACAAGGAUGGUAUCUAGUUCCAAGUACCGUUCGUUUAAAUGAAUAUACCGUGUUUCCACCUCAGAAUCAUCCAGCAGCUUUAAAUAGAUGGGCUGCAGUUUAUCGUAGUAUUAAAUAUGGAGAUAAAAUUAUGAUUGUACCUCAUUGGUUUUUAUCAGAAGUAAAACGAAGUCCGAAUUAUAGUCAAGGUGGUCGCUGGCCAGAAGAAGAAAUGAAUAGAACAGUUGUACCUAGUGGCGUAGCCAGGCCUGUUCGGACGGUUCUGCUGAGCCGUAACAUUUUCCCAAAAAGUUAUAUUUGGUGA